UUCAGAGUGUCAAACUGCGUGACGGUAUGUCGUAUGAGGACGAGGUGGUCAAACUAGUGCUAGACAACUACAAGCGGCGGACCACAUACGGGAGACCGGUGCUGAAGUACAAGGACACGCUAACGGUUCAGUUCGCCAUACAGCUGCAGCAGAUCAUGGGCCUCAAUGAGCAGGAUGAAGUGCUCACUCUCAACAUCUGGGAUCAGCUGCAGUGGACGGACUACAACAUCAACUGGAACGAAUCGGAAUAUGGCGAUGUCCAGUCUGUGAGGCUUCCAUGCAACAAGCUCUGGAUGCCGGACAUUAAACUGACCAAUUACGCCGACACACGCCUGAGUGAACACAGAGACGCCUUGUGUAUCGUCUACAGCAACGGCAUGGUCUACAACGUGCCCCAGGUGGUCUACCAAAGCUCCUGCCCCAUCGACGUCUACGUCUUCCCCUUUGAUGUGCAGAACUGCACUCUGAGGUUCUGUUCAUGGACCCACGACGGCACAGAGGUCGACCUAGUCUUUUACGAGCACAAGCAGUGGAUUGACUUGUCCGAGUACAUCGAAAGUAGUUCAUGGUCCAUCAUGGACGUGCCCGCCUACAGACACGUCAAGUACUACUCGUGUUGCCCCGGCAGACACUGGGUCGACUUGCAGUACCACAUCAUCUUCCAGAGACGCUCGGCUCUCUACAACUACAUCCUGGUGCUUCCCUGCAUCUUGCUGACCUCCAUCACCCUCAUCCUCUUCUUCAUUCCUCCAGAAUCCCCAGCCAAAAUGCAGCUAGGUCUUGCCGUGUUUACAGCAUUCUUCGUUCUGCUGCGAUUGCUGGAAAAAAACUUGCCUCCUGGCACAAUCAGGAUGCCACUGUUAGGAGCGUACUACUGUGUCAACAUGAUACUGAUCACGCUGUCCAGUUUUCUCAACGUGCUGAUCGUGGAUCUCACCACUCACGGCAUGAGAGCUUCGGCCUUACCUAAACUGAGACAUUUUUUCUUCAACCACUUGGCCAAGUAUCUGCUGAUGGAUGACUUGGUGCGGCCGUUUAAAGCUUCGGCAGCCAAGACCCGGACGCCGCGAGACGGGGAGACUGGCAAAAUAGAGGAUAACAAAUGUGGCCAGCAAACUGAUGUAUCCACGGAAGCUGUAGUAUCAACGCAGCCUGAGCACAUCAACCAGCCACUAAAUGAGGACACCAGCAUCUUUGGCGACAUCGCCGCAAAACUGGAGGAGCUACGGGAGUUUAUGCGCUUCCAAAAGCUUCGCCUGAAGGAACGAGACGAGAAGGAGAACAUUGCCAAGCAAUGGAAGGCGGUGGCCUUGCUCUUGGACCGGGUCUUCUUCGUUAUUUACCUGGUGGUGAUCGCCGCCUCCGUCAUCUACACGCUGCACGUGCUGACAGACGUGGGUCGCAAGAAGAACGAGGAGAGGGUAGAACUAGCUAAAACAUAUGUAUACAACAGCAGUCUACAGACGUAG